AUGGAAAAGAAGGCCAAGUACAAUAUUUGCAUUUUAAUGUUAUCCUACAUCCUCUUGUUCUUGGUCGAGCCCAAAAACCAUUCAUUUGCCCGAACCCUCACCGAGCCUGCUCCAAAGACAGUACAUCAAACUACAAUUAUCACAUUCCUGAUGAGAAAUGUCCUGAGUGGGGCCUCUAAUAACAGGCCAUCCACCACAAAAGUCACCAGUCAGAUUCCUUUCCCUAAACCCCUCGGCCUCUUCCCUCCCGACGGAGGAAUCCCGAUUCCCCUCUCUAAGCCGGACCCAUCAACCCCCACCACGGGCCAAUCCUCCAACACGCUUGGUGUACCUUUGGAUGGGUUUUCCUUUCCCACUAUUGCGACCCUCCAGGAACUGGAGCUCGGAACCGUGACACCUAUCGAUGAGGAGAUGUUCGACGCUACAAGUUCAAGUUCAACACUGUAUGGAUCAUCACCACGAGUUACCGGGAAAGGGCAGGGGAUAUAUGUGGCGAGCUCAGAGGACGGGACGAGUCAUAUGGUGGCGAUGGCUGCUUAUUUUGCGGGAUCAGAGUUCAAGGACGGGCUGAGGUUCUUCGGAGUACAUCGGAGAGAUGCCUCGGAGUCUCAUAUUGCGGUGAUUGGUGGGACUGGGAAGUAUAACGACGCCAAUGGCUAUGCUUCAGUUAAGGCUGUGAAUGGAAACAUAUACCUUCUCUUCACAGUUUAUCUCAGCUAG